CUUUCACUGCGUGUUCAUGCAGGUUACCUCGCAGUGAAAAGCUGAGCGCAGGAAGGAAGGAAGUGAGGAGGGACAGAAACAGAGAUAGGGGGUGUUAGAGAAAGUCAGAGACAGAGAGAGACUGAGAGGGGGAAACAGCAGAAAAGGGUCACUGGGGCUUUCCACUGUGUGGGAUUAGAAAAGGCACAAGAAGUAGGUGAGGCAGAGUGGGGAAAGGAAAUAUUUCUCAAGUCAGAGACAGAUCAGACAGAAAAAGUUGUGGUAGAAGAACGAGAGGUUGUCAGAGAGAAGAGAAAAGAGAAGAGAGAACACCUUGAAUGAUGCUCAGUCAGUGAAGAUAAGUUAAGUCGCGCUGAUCUGAAGGAUUAGGGGCACGAAGAGGAAGAAGAAGUCUGCCACAGUCUUGAUUUUUGUUAUUCUUCAAAAAGGACCGUAAGUGAAUGGGAAAACCAAGAUGAGCUGUGAAAGUAAGGACAAGUACAGCAAAGAUGGCAGAUGCUGCGAUCGAUGCCCGGCAGGUCAGUAAAAAUAACCAUUAUUUCUUUGUUUCGCGGGUGACAAACUUUUCUAAAGCACUGUGUAAAAAUCAGGAACAAUGAUCUACUUUGGACCAGCUUUAAAUUCAUUGAAAUCAGCUUUGAUUCUUACAUAUUUCUUUAUCCUUUCCUCUUCAGGCUGGUCCGUUCAAACUGAGUGUAAUGAAACAAAGAAGACUGAGUGUGCUGAAUGUCUUCAUGGGACCUUCACAGCCACAAAAAACCACUUGUCUUCAUGUCGACCCUGCAAGGACUGCAGUUCAAGUGAGUCUCAUGCAGUUACUGACACGUACAUACUUUUCUCUGUAGCAUGACCACAAAUGCUGUUCCUUCCUCUUCUCCUCUCUGUUGUCUUUUAUAGAGUAAAGCCUCUUUUUGCUAUGCGUGCUUGAUUUGAAUACCAUCACAAACCUUAAACAGCUUUUGUACUUGUUCCCUAAUCGAGGAGAUCUCACUAAACAAGAUAACUUUUUAAACAUAUUCUCACUUUACACACAAAUGUCAUUUCAGAUAGUCGCAGUGUUAUUUACCUUUGUACAAAUGCUGCAACUGUUGCUUUAUAUGUGUAGUGGGCUCUCAAUUGUCCUUCUUCAUACCAAUAAUGAGCAUUUAUAGAUGUCAAUCAUAUAAUUAUUCUCAGAAAAAGAAUUUAUCACAGAAAUCUAAAGGUGAUAUUGAAAAUUCAAAAUCAUAUGAAAAAUAUCUGUAAUUAUUCUUCAUUCUGGAUAUAUGUUACUAAAAUAAAGACUGUGAAUUCUACAUAUCUAAAAUGGGCUUUCCUUUAAAAGUAUUUAAAAGAUUUUAUGUAAGUCCUUAUGUAAGCAAGGGAAGCCUGAUACACACAGCAUGGGGGCCAAAAGAGGGGCAUGGAUCCUCCUUGAAUUCUGAUUGCAAUCCUAGAUGUCACUGUUAUUUUGUUUAAUUAUAAAAUACUAUGUAUAUGUAUUUGAGGGGAUAAACUGUUUCCCGCUGUCUUACCAUCAUAAAUUCAGUGUUAUGAGCACAUUGUCUCCAAUGUCUCUAAAAUGUCUAAAAAUGUGACUCUAGACAAACUUAGAAGAAGCUUAGAAGAUUCAUAUGUUGCCAGUCUGGUGUGUAACAUACAUAUACAGGAAUAUAGAUCUGUGUAAUACUUAAAUGUUAAAAUGGAUAGGUUCUGUUGAAAUAAGGGUAAAUAUAUGCCAUUCAUUUAUGAGGGUACAAUCUUAAUUACACCCCUGUACACUCCCAAAUACAUGUAUGGCAAUAGUGAAUAUUGUGUGCGAGUAAGAAUGCCAUUGUGACGAUCUAAAAUGCUCAUUCAUAAUGGGAAGAACUAGCUUACAGAAAUAAAAGAUAAAUAUCAAGUCUAUUAAACGAGCUGUCUCUUUGACUCUUGCAGUUAAGAACGGGAGGAAAUUAAAGGACUGUACGGCUCGGGAGGACACAGUGUGUGCGUGUGAACGUGGUUUCUACUGUUCUAAUGAGGAGUGUGAACACUGCCACAGAGUGAAGACCUGCCCUCCGGGUGAAGGGGUCCAAUUUGAAGGUAGGCUUCAACUGUAGAUGAUGACAGAAUCAGCAUGAAUUCAUAUCUCACCAGAAUGCAGACACUACUUUACGAAGGUCUGAAGGUCUUGAUUUCUCCUGCAGCAACUGGAACGAAUGACACUAAAUGUGCCGUGUGUGAAAAAGGGACCUUCAGCAAUGUCACGGACUUCUACUCACCCUGUAAAAGACACACCAGGUCAGACUGCCUCUCCUUCACACCAAGUAUUAUUACUGAUAUUUUUACAGCACAGAAAAGAUGUAGUUGUUGCUGAAAUAAAGUUUUGAAUGACAGUCUCAUUGACUUCCUGGAUCUACAAACUUGAAACCUCCCAUGUCACACCUUCUGUGGUUGUUUCAUCCACAAUGUAGAAACUGUUUUAAAGCUCUAAACUUUUAAUGUAUCCAGUUCAGGAGCCAAAUUCCAGUCUGAUUUUACAGCUCAUGUGUUUGUCUUUACUUUAGACCGUAGAUGCACUAGUACAGUAUGAGGAUAUUAAUUAUCUGUGCUUGUUUUCAGGUGUGACGAUCGGGGCCGACUGCUGAAAACUCCAGGGACCCUGAUAUCUGAUGCAGUUUGUGGUGGCUUCAAGACUGGUAAGUCUUCUCCUUCUCCUAAUAGGGCCUUUUAUUUUCCAAAACAUCACCUCGUUAGGAUCUUUGUCCUUUACAAAAGAUCAACCUGUGCAAUACAGCGAAUGCUCACAUCCUGAGCGAGGAUCAGUGGGUCCCUGCUGUCCUUUAGUUUCUGUUUGUAUACGGCCAAUACUAACAGAGGAAGCAGAGGAAGUGCAGAUAAGAAAUCAUUCCAAAGGAGGGAAAUCAUGUUGCAGGAACAAGAGAGAGAUAAGAUUGAGUCUGUUGCUGAGUGGCUGGAGAAGUAGAACUAGACCUGUAAUUGUUUAUAGUACUAAAAUAAACAGUAUAUGGAGUUAAAUAACCCUUUUUUUAGAGCAGACUGUCCACAUGUCAUUAAGCUGUAUGUCAUGCAUAAGCAUACAUGCGCAUUACUAAAGCAUUAGAGGAUUCUCAAAAAGUAUACCAAAUACUAUUCAAAUAUUUGUUAUAUUUGUGUACAGGAUUGUAUGUUGAUAUGAUAUUUACAAUUUGAGGUCUACCAAAGAAUUAUGCUGCGUUCGAGUUACCUCGGAAGUCAGAUGUCCGAGCUAGGAAUGACGUCACACCAGAGUUACCAGUGUAAGUUCAAAGAAAGCAAAAUCGGUGGUGAAAAUAAGAUGGCUACAUCUACGAAAGUUAUUUUAGCGCUUGCCUUGUCCGACUAUAAGCAAGGACAAGGCAAGCGCUAAAAUAACUUUCAUAGAUGUAGCCAUCUUGUUUUCAACUCCAAUUUAGCUUUUUUACGACUUGGUAACUGAAAUGCUGGUAACUCUGGUGUGACGUCAUUCCCAGCUCGGACAUCUGACUUCUGAGGUAACUUGAAGGCAGCAUUAUUUUCAGUUUUAGCAACAAUUAAAGCUGCUGUGAGUGACUUUUGAUUGGUGUUGAUUUCAGUGCCCCUUCCUUUGACAGAAUUGUAUCCGUCCACCUUGUAAGUGUAAACUCUAUUUUUAACAGAAAAUGUCACUCUUUCUCUUCACAGUCAAAUGAAUUAUAAAAAAAAGCUUUUUUGAGGGCGUGCAGCCUGUCACUCUGUUAGACAUCUUCCCAAUAGCAUCUUCAGAUUAAAAAAAUAACUGCAUAGAAAUCAUCAGUCUUUAAAUCCAUGCUUUCAUAUAUCACACAAGGCAUCCAUAUGGACAUUAGUGUGUUUCAAAAACAGCUAAAACUCCUCACAGAGGCUAUAAAUGCUUUUUAGAAAACAGCUGGGUUGUACACUAUCUGCUUACACUUCAAUACAGGAUGCUCUAUAGAGGUGUUAUAUUGUUGAUAAAUUCAUAAAAUUACUCCUGAAAUUGAUGCACCUAGACAACCUUACUCUUCAUCUUUGUAAAGGUGUAUUAUGAAACUUUUGUUACAAGUGAGGUGUUUUUCUUGUUUUGCCACCUCUUCUGAGUGAAACCGUCAAAUGGAAAUUGAAUGGACAGUUUUUUUGUUAAGCAAUGAUUUAACUCAUUUCCUUUUUCAGUUACAAUAUCACUGAAGGAGUGUUCAAUAUUCAGUAAUCAGUCCCCCCUGCUUUAUUUACCAGAACUUGCGCAUGUAGAGGCCUCAUGAAUAUGUAUUUGGGUUUCACUGGAAACCCCUCUGUCUGUGUUCAUCAGAGUGCCACUGGAUUACACCUGCAGCCUUGUGGUCAGGACUUGUGUUGACUGCGCUCAUCUUGUUUGGUGUCCUCUGCUGGAGGUCAAGACGCAGGUCAAGCAGAGUCGGUGAGUGCUCACAUGUGAAGUAUGCAGGUGUGUGCCAUCACUGCUGUUCAUACUUUUCUUCUCAUACUUUAAAAAUGGAGUUGUGCUGAAGAGGUCUGCCCACUCGUUAGUAACAGCGCAUGUAGUCAGCCACAGCAGAGACACAAAGCUUUGAAGUCAUACAGUUCAGGGUUACAGUUUAUCUAGCUUUCAGUCGCCUCCCACUUUUUCCUUUACAGUGAACGAAUCUUUUUGUAUGCCAGAUUACUUCAAACGAGUUCACUGCUCCCUUUUCUGCAGUUUGUUGCUUAUUUGAAAUAGUUUUAUGUUGAUUUAAUGAUCUUUGGGGGGGUUGUAGGGCAGGAGUAGAGUCACAAAGUAAACAUCAACCCAGACAGAUAAAUUAAGGAACUGUGAGACAUGGUGCUGAACAGGCUCAGUGACAAACUAAAUCGAAGAAAACCACAUCCUGUGCACUUUCAGACUGACACAGUUAUAUGGUUUGAUGUGACGCACAAUUCACAACAGCUAACUCAUUCUGAGAAACAGGUCUUACGCACGCGGCACUGUCCCAUAAGUGAUUGAAGUGUCUGACGUGUACUUUACUGUUUUCCAGUGAACCUGUGUUAGCACACAGGUUCACUGGAAUUUACACAUAACAGAAUUACUCAGAAGGUUUUUUGCUUAUCUGAUCAUAAAUGAUUUUUUUAAAUCCAGAGGAAUUUUUUGAAAGGUGGACUUUCGAAGGAAGUUUUAAGUCGCUCUGAAUAAGAUUGCAGCAAAUGAUCAUGUUUGAAAGUUCAUUACGACAGUACAAAAGUCUUUGUUCUUUCUUUUCAGUCUGUACUUUAUUUAUAUAAGAGUGUAUUGUCAGGUUCAGACAUUAAAGUAGAGCUGAGGUGUUUUGCCCUGAAGAGGGUUUAGGUUUUAUCCGCUGGUGCUGACUGCCUGGAUUAGAUUUUUUUUUUACCAUGAAUAGAGUUGAAAAACUUUUUUAACACAUCCCAAGUGACAGUCAGUGAACCUUUGCAAAUCAAAUUGAGAAUACAUAGAAAAUAGUAGGAAAAAAGUGAAAACAAAGUUUCUUCUUACACUGAAAACCUUUAUAUUGCCAUUAACAUAAGGCUGUGUUAUCAGCGGCCUGGUGUACACCUACCCCCUCACAUCAGUUUCAGACAUUUGAGAUAAGGAUACAAAAAUUGUCUGUCUUGUUGGUCUCUGGAUAUCAUGAAAGGCAUUGGUACGACUUUCAGUCAAUUUCAUAAAUAUAAAAAAACUGCAGUAGCUUUAAGUACUAGAUAACUUCUUGCACUAGAUACAUUAAUAGCUUGAACAGUCACCAAAAAUCUUAAACUCCAGAUCAAACUGUGUAUAAUUUUGAUGUGAUUUAGAUUCAAGAUGUUCCUCUUCUGACCCUUACUUUUGUGUCAUCCUUUGUUUUACUCAGCCAGUCCCGAUGCUCCUGUUGCCUUCAUUCAAAUUCCAACAGAAACAGACUAUCAACCUGAGCUGCCGUUACCAUCCAGAGAGCAGAACGGUCACUACACAGAGGAAGUCUACAAAUUACCACUGUUCACCCCAGGUGAUAAAUCACUGCACACUGCAUACACAACAACAGAGUUUUUGUCACUAUUUGUAAUCUUCUUCUGCAAAUGUUUCAAUUCUGAAUGAAUUCUUGUACACAAUGACAAUUUAAGAUGUCCAGGUUAAAGUCUGAUCCCAGGAUUCAGUAGCCCUUCAGCAGAGUGCUUAUAUCUCCAUGUAUCUUUGCCAAAGACCACUUGAGCUGUCCUUGCAGGUUGUGUUGGCAAGGCAACAGGCUAAAGCAUUUUCUAUCAGAGUUUCCUUUAACUUGUCGAGAAUCUGAGUAUCUGGAGAAAUAUUAAAUCUACUUUUUUGGAGUAUUUUAAUUUCCCAGUUGUUUCAGCCCCAUCAAGUAGGCCUUAAAUCAAUCCCACCAAAGUGCAAAGUGUGAUCUGUUAAACAUUAAACUCAAGGAUGGUCUCACUGAACAUUGAUUUUAUUUCCCUCCUCAGAUGAUAACACAGUCAGUUACGCCACAGAAGACAGCAUGGGCAGUGUUCCUAUAACUCCUCUACAGGUUUCAGUUUCUUUCGCUGAGUCGAGCCAGGACGACAAAAGUGCUGGACACUGCACCACAAACUUCUUCAGAACCCACUCAGAGCCGCAGGAGGAUGAGUGGUGUGGGGCAGAAGCCUCUUAACAGUAUCCUGAGACUGUCUCUAAAAACUAUUUUCUAUAACUUAUACAAAAAUUUAUCAAACAAAAGGAGAGUUUCUCUAAGACACGAGACGAAGUUUCUCUGUUCUAGGAGAGAAAAAAGUGGCUGGUAGUUUGCUGCCCCCUGCUGGCUGUGAGCUAAAAUGACGCCUCAAGACAUUCAGAGUAGGUCUGCACAUAAUCCAGCUGUGAAGCUCCUUCUUCAUUAAGGGGAGCGUUAUAGGGUGAAGACGGAGAUUUGUGCCUUAUUUAGCUGUCCAGUCUCCAGUUUAAAUAUUUCUUUUCAUGUUCUUUACUUUUUUUUUUUUUUUUUUUGACAAACCUGUUAAAUUUGCAGAUGUGUUUGUAGCUCAAUGUAGCUUUGUGAAGUACUGUCCAAAAACCCAUUAAAAAGAACAUGGACACUCUCGUCUA